ACUGAAUUUCUUCGAUUGUCCUGUGCAAUUCUUAGAGUCCUUCCCCGCCAAAGAGCUAUGAAUUUCUGCACUGCAUUUUCUCUGUUCGUCGUCGCCGUUUUCAGUUUCGGCGGUUGCGCAGCUCUCAAGCAAGGAGAAACGUGCGUCUCGGACAGUAAGUGUGAUACCGGCCUGCAUUGCGAGACGUGUAUUGCGGUAGGCGAUUUUGCGCCUAGGUGUACCCGCGUUCAACCGCUCAAUCCGUUCUCUAAGGUCAAGGGAUUGCCGUUUAACCGGUACUCAUGGCUGACGACACACAGUUCAAUUGCCAAAGUGGGGGUAAAAUCAGGCACGGGAGACAUCCUAGUGACUACUACAACCCAGCAGGACACCAUUACUGAACAGCUCAAUAAUGGCGUUAGGGGUUUGAUGCUUGAUAUGUAUGACUUCAACAAUGACAUUUGGCUAUGCCAUUCAUAUGGUGGAAAAUGCUACAACUACACAGCUUUUCAACCUGCAAUAAAUGUCCUGAAAGAGAUUCAAGUGUUUCUUAAAGCAAACCCUUCAGAAAUUGUCACUAUCAUGAUUGAAGAUUACGUUGCAACACCAAAUGGAAUAACUAAGGUUUUUAAUGCAGCUGGCCUGGGAGAGUUCUGGUUUCCAGUAUCUCAGAUGCCUAAAAGUGGUGGUGAAUGGCCAACAGUUGAUGAAAUGAUUGAAAAGAAUAAACGGCUAGUGGUUUUCACUACAAAGUCUGCUAAAGAAUCUUCUGAAGGCAUCGCUUACGAAUGGGGAUACUUAGUCGAAAACAAAUAUGGAGACGAUGGGAUGAUAAAUGGAUCAUGUACCAAACGUGCAGAAUCACCUCCCUUGAACACACGAACCAGGUCACUAGUUCUUAUGAACUAUUUUCCAAGUGCACCAGAUCUUGCCCAAGCUUGCAAACAUAAUUCAAAACCAUUAAAGAGUAUGAUGUAUACAUGUUUUGAAGCUGCUGGCAAAAAAUGGCCCAAUUUUAUUGCUGUUGAUUUUUAUAAGAGAAGUGAUGGAGGGGGAGCUUCUGAAGCAGUUGACGAGGCAAAUGGCCAUCUAAUAUGUGGUUGUGCAAACAUCGCAUAUUGUAAGCAUAAUAUGACAUUUGGAACCUGUGAGCUGCCCCAACCUGACAAUUCUCCAGCAGCAAUAGCAGGUCGAGAAGGAACAAGCCUCACAAAUUCGGCCAGCAGAUCAGUUCAAUUGCCAUUGCUGCUUGGAAUGUGGUUAUUGGCUUUUUCCUUGUGCUUUAGAGAUGCAUGAUCACAAAGAAAGUGAUAUUUGGCUCAUGGAACUAUGGAAGUAUGGAAGGGC